AUGAGCGCUACUAACAAGUCAGUUAUUGAGCUGCGUCAUCCAUCAGGUUCCCAUGCCCAGGUGCAUUUAUACGGUGCAACGGUCACGUCAUUUUACACGGCGCAGGAGCCUGAGCGCAACGUGCUGUUUCUGUCGAAAAGGGCCAUCUUAGAUGGCAGUCAAUGCAUUCGCGGCGGGAUCCCGCUUGUAUUCCCAGUCUUUGGUGCUGUCGAAGGAUUUCCGAAUCACGGCUUUGCACGCACGCAAUAUUGGAAGCUGAACCAAUUAGAUGAGACCGUGGAUGAUGAUGACGUGGAGAGUCCAAUUCGUGCCACGUUCUCGCUCGACAUCUCGGACGAUAUUAAGGCCUUAUACCCACACAAAUUUACACUCGAGUAUGAAGUCAAGCUAUUUGCUAACGCACUGACUACAUCCAUUCAUAUUCAGAACAAAUCAGAGUGGGAGAUAUCUUUCCAGGCUCUACUUCACACUUACUUGUCAGCGGACGAUGUGCGUCACGAAGGUGUCGCGGUAGAGGGACUCAAAGGACUCACGUACUACGACAAGGUCACGAAGGAGGAAAAGACAGAGCAUAGAGAUGCAAUAACCUUUUCUCAGGAGACCGAUAGUGUCUAUGCCAACGCCCAGUCACCUCUUGUCGUUCGCAUCAAACGCGUAGACGGCAAAGAGCAGGUCGUGACGAUCGAGAAGGAGGCAUUCAUCAAGAGUGGCUCGUCGCAUGUGUCUCAAAGCAGUGACAUUGUUGUGUGGAAUCCGUGGGUCGGCAAGGCAAAGAGCAUGAGUGAUUUUGGAGACGAUGAGUACCUGGCCAUGCUCUGCGUCGAGCCUGGCCGUGUCAUCAAAGAACAGAAGCUUCCAGUUGGGCACACAUACACGCUGCAGCAGACUAUAAAACUGUCGGCAUUGUAG